GAUUUUGACGAACCAGAAAAGUUGCUGAGUUCCGAAAACGUCAACUACACCGCACUGCAACAAUUGGCUCGUGAGAUUGCCACAUUUGCUACCCGUGGUGGGCUGAAACGCCUGGACUUUGCACUGAACUCUCGCGGUGAACCUGAUGUAGCUGUGUUCGAUUUCACCAGUCUUAGUACUGCUCAAUAUGCAUGUUCUGUUUCCGAUCGUAAGGGUCGGCCUCUCUGUCGAUGCUUGGUUGGUGAUGCUCUACUUGAGCCAUUUUGGCCACGAGGGAGUGGUUGUGCACUUGGUUUUCUUUCGGCACUCGAUGCUGCGUGGGCUGUAAGUCUAUUCGCAGCGGGACAUCAUGCUCUUCGGGUCAUAGCAUGGCGGGACUCCGUCUACCAGCGUCUCAGUCAAACUUCUCCCUCCAAUAUGCCUCCGAAUUUCUCCGCUUAUACACUCAUUCCAAAUACUCGCUAUACAUAUGCAGAUCUGGAGUUAGUCAGACCAAUGCAAGUUCGUCAUCUUUACGACUCCGAUGUAAUCGCCAAUAUGACAGACCGAAAAUCUUUCUCCUUUCUCCGUGACUCCGUCAAAUUUGACAAUCCAGACCUGGUAUCUUCACCGAAAAAUAUUGACCUUAUAAAUAAACACUACACUCCUCUAGUCAGUCUUCUCAAAUGGUACCAACUUCGACUUUCACCUUAUUCAGAACCCAUUUGUCCACCGAUAUUUGAUUUGUCUGCAGAGACUUGGUCAGAUGGUCGGGCGUUGAGAUGUCUGUUGCAUAAAUAUCGCCCAGAUUUGGUGGCUGAAAAUAUAAGCUGUCCACUUGGAUUGAAUGAGACUAUGCGUCUCUUUACCGAGAACUUUGGGGCUCCGCAGAGGCUUACGUCGCAAGGAUGGCCGAAAUAUCUUAUGAAUCUCCAUGCCUGCCUUAACAAAUGCGACCCAGCAUUUGUGGCAAACAUGACCGUUCGAGCACAGCUUAUUAGCACUAACCGUGUCCAGAACCGACGUUCCUUCGUGGUAGCCUCCCCGACGGGAUCAAUCCGUUCCUUAAAUCGAUAUAUCGAUCCACUAGCCUCCCCUCGAGUUUCCUCAUCCUCUAACACUCGCCCACUUCUCUCGCCAUGCUUAGAAUUACGUCGGGUGAAUGUGGGCAAACUCAGACGCAAUUUGGAGAACUCUGGUACAUCUGUCACUCCUCCACCUAACACUCGUCAAAUCAGGGAAGAGGCCUCAAAUACUGUGGAAAAGGGUAUUAUGUCUAAACGAAGAUCGGAAUUUAUUGCAAUGUUGCUGUUAUGGGCUGGGAAACAGGCUCUGUAA